AUGUCGCUCGACACCCAGGUUGCCCUCCGCCCGCCCCGCCCCGAGUCCGCCCACUUCUCGCGUGCGGCGCGGCAGAUCGUGCCCCCCUUUCUCCAGAAGCUGUACGAGAUCGUCAACGACCCCGCCAACGAGAGUCUCAUCAAGUGGUCCGACAACGGCGAUUCCUUCUACGGCGAGUGGCUCCUCAACCAUGAACGCUUCGCCCGCGAGGUCCUCGGACGCUGGUUCAAGCACCAGAAGUUCGCCUCCUUCGUCCGGCAGCUGAACAUGUACGGCUUCCACAAAAUUCCCCACCUCCAGCAGGGCGUCCUCAAGUCCGAUGCCGACACCGAGCCCUGGCACUUCGAGCACCCCAAUUUCCACCGUGGCCAGCCCGAUCUCCUCUGCCUAAUCCAGCGCAAAAAGCAGCCCGCCCACGGCCAGAACGACGACGCCCCCGUCGCCCUUGCCGACGCCGACGCCACCACCCCGAACCCGAACCUGCUCACGAGUGCCAACGCCAGCCAGCUCACGGACAUGAACACAAUCGUCAGCGGCGUCGAUGCUAUCAAGCGGCACCAGCAAGCGAUCUCGAGCGACCUGUCCGCGCUCAAGCAGUCCAAUGAUGCACUUUGGAAAGAGGCCAUCGCCGCACGCCAGCGUCACGCGAAGCACCAGGACACCAUCAACCGUAUUCUCAAGUUCUUGGCCGGGGUCUUUGGACACGCUGAAAACCCGAGCCACACCUCCGAGGGCUCCCAUACUCCGCCGCAGGUCACGCCGCGCAUCCGGCAGCGACUUAUGAUCAAGAAUGGCAGUGCUCCCAAGCGGGUGGACAUCAUGGAGGUCGACGACGACGAGGUGGAUGAUUCACCUAACCAGGGGAGCAGGACACCAUUUUCUCCCAUGGCCGGUGAGCAUUGCCCUUUCGUCUUCCUAUAA